AAACAGCGUCUGUCAAUCGUGCUCUGCAGCAGAAUUAUCAUCUGAGGAUUUUGGUUAUUAAAUGCAAAAUCAGGAAACUUUGUUGCCAGAAAGUAGUAAGAAGAAUUCUGCAAUGUCGGCAAUUUUCAGGUGCAAGAAGCUUGUAUAAUCUCGAAGUUACUAUAUAAAUCAGUGCAAAUAUUAGGCUGCAACAUAAGCAGCUAAUUGUGGACAAGCUAUGAGCAGGCAAUGAGAAGGGUUCUGAAGCUGGUGCACCCUGGAGGAUUUAUCGAGCUUCAUCAAAAGUCGAUUUCAGCUGAUGAGGUUAUGAAAAAGAAUCCUAGACACUUUGUUACGCGUCCAGACGUGUUCAGAUACCCUUGGAUUGUGGUCAGGCCUGAGUCAGUUUUGAGUCCUGGUAGCGUGUUUUACAUUGUUCCAUUUCAUACUAUUCAUGCUUUGAUGCAUAAAACCCUUUUUCCGAAUCAGAACCAACUACUCUUGCAGCAACAGGAUUUAGUUGAUUCUUCUGUUGAGUUAACAUAUUUUCAUCAUUUUCUGAAAGGGAAAAGUUUUGAUUCAUCGCAUACACGAACUAAAGUAGAUUUCAGGAUUGAUAAGUGGCCUGAUGAUGACAUUUUCCCCAAGUGUUUUCUUGAACCAGAUCAUCACCACUGUCAAGAAUCUGUAAUUAAGUCUCGUUUCGAGCUUGAACAUUUUGAUGAUUUUCGUAAGGAAACACAUUUGGUCGAUCCUUGGGGUACAGCUUGUUGUUACGGAAGUUACGAUGAAUUUGAGAGGGAAGUUAACUCUUCCAUCGAACCAAUUAGACCUUUGUUUCCGUUGGAUAUUGCUUCAAGUGAUGUAUCCAUUGAUGGGUCAGUGCUUAACAAAAAUUCAAAUGAGAAGAAGUUGAAAUCUUGUUUGAAAAAGGAGAACCUAUGUAGAUCACGAGGAACUACAGUAAGAUUUAUGCUUCCGAAAUGAGGAUGAUGAAUCUUGAUAGCUUCUUGUAAUUACUUCCAUUUCAAGAAAUCUUAUUCAUUUUCUCUUUUA